AUGGAACAUUUAGUCGAGGAUCAAGAUGAAUUUGAAAAUAUUAACUUUUACAUACACCAAACUCUUGAACACUCGUUUAAUGGCAGUAUAGGUGCUCCAGUUCAUGAAAAGUUGCGAACUGAUGCUAAAGUAUUGGAAUUUGG